AGAAUUGAUGGCAUAGUGCCCAAAUUUGAAUAUUUGGGAUCACUAAUCUGUUAUUUUGGCAAUCCUGCUUGUCACAUCUGUCAACCUCAAACCACAGUCAAACUGUCAAAAAGUGAGGUUAAAAACCCAACUUACUAGAAAAGUUAAAUCAAGAGCAAACUUUCCUCGUUUUUUCGAAAAUGUCCGCUUCCAUAGCCGACGAGAACGAAAACACCGAGCGCCUCGACGACUCCUCAAAGAACGAAAAAAUGUUCACUUUGAAGAAGUGGAACGCCGUGGCGAUGUGGAGCUGGGACGUGGAGUGCGACACUUGCGCUAUUUGUCGCGUCCAGGUCAUGGACGCGUGUUUGCGGUGUCAGGCCGAGAGCAAGAAAGACUCCUACGGCAAGCAGGACUGCGUUGUGGUUUGGGGCGAAUGUAACCACUCGUUUCACUAUUGUUGCAUGUCGCUGUGGGUGAAGCAAAAUAACAGAUGCCCGCUGUGCCAGCAAGAGUGGUCCAUCCAAAGAAUGGGGAAAUAAUUUUUAGAUAAGAUUAAUAGUUUGAUUUUUUAGGGGAUUAGGUUGCACAAAUGCGAUGAGUGUUUUAAGACGUUUUAUGAGCGUCAUCAUUUGACUAUUCAUUUACGGAGUCAUACUGGGGAGCGG